AUGGUAGAAAAGCAAGAAUCUGCGGAAUUCUACGACCCAAACCCCAUAGAUACCACACCACAACAGUCAGAUACAGAACCAAUUGGCAGCCUAUCCUCCCCCGGUGUCCCGCCCUGCGACACAGACGAUGAUACGUAUCCCGAAGGCGGUCUUACAGGCUGGCUUUGCGUCUUUGGUAGCUUCAUGGGCUUAAUGGCUAGCCUGGGUCUGGUUAACUCUCUGGGCUCAUUCCAAGCUUACUUGGAAAGACAUCAACUGCGAGAAUACAGCUCUGGCAAAAUCGGCUGGAUCUUCAGCCUUUAUACCUUUCUGACAUUCUUUUGUGGUAUCCUAAUCGGACCAAUCUUUGACGCCAGAGGGCCUCAGGCGUUGAUCUUCCUUGGCUCAGUUCUACUCAUCGCAACCAUGGUUACUCUCGGCUUCUGCACAGAAUACUGGCAUUUCAUCUUGUCUUUCGGUGUGUGCGGAGGCCUAGGAACGUCAUUGGUUUUUACACCCGCAAUCGCAGCCGUCGGCCACUUCUUUUUCCAAAAACGAGGGAUUGCAACCGGGAUCGCCGCAGGAGGUGGUGCGAUCGGAGGUAUACUACUUCCUCUUGUACUUGAAAGCCUCUUUGAUAAGAUAGGCUUUGCCUGGGCAACUCGUGUUGUUGCUCUAAUAUGGCUAGUUUCACUCGGGAUUGCCUGCAUCCUGAUGACGUCUCGCCUACCUACGAAACCAUUCUCCAAGGAGAACAUCUUACCGCCUGGUCUAGUACUAGGCCAUGACAGGCUUAACCUUAAGCUUAAAUAA